CAUGGGUAUAGUGGCUAUGUUUGACAGUUUCGAAUAUGUAUUAUCAUAGCGAAUAUAAGUUGUAUCAGUAUAAGACAUCUAUUCGAAUGUGUGCGUUGUGUGAUGAACACUGAUUUGUUACGUACUGGCAUCAUAUUGGACCGACGACUGAUUUCGGACUGAUUUACGAUUUACUAAGCCGUAGAUAACCCAUACACGACCUAGGUACACGACUGGUCGAAGUAAUUGACGAAAAUGCUGGGGCGAAAAAAAAUCGAGGAGUUAGAAGUGUGUGUGAAAUUGGACGAACCUUUAACUAGUGACUCGUGUUGCAAAUUAAUUUUGGAGCUGGUCAAAUAUCUGUUGUAUCAAAAGCAACAGAUUCCGGUGAGCUACGAGUAUUUACUGCGACUGGGAGCUUCGUCGGUAGGAGUCAACGACAGGAGUUUGGCAACGGCGAGAGCAACAUUGAGUUGCCUGGAGAAUAUUUCGGAACAUUUAAAUACCGAAUUAUGUUGCGAGAGUUCAGCGGUAAAGGAAAUCUUUAUAUCAAUGGGCGCGACAAUACUUGCUCCAAAAUUCUGCCUUCGAGUGAGCCUUCCCCCAGAAAUACUCAGUGGACAGUGCCAUUUCAAACAGCAGCAUUCCCCUCGUAAGCCGCUAUUGAACCUCAUGAGAUCCAUAACGGAGAGCGUAGAUUUUCAAGAGGCUAUGGCGUUGCCUUUGAUGCCCACGAAUACGUUUUUCCUCUUGCAAAAGAGAGAUUGCAACAAGGUGUCGGAAUUCUUUCUGCCUAAACCACGUUACGCGAUAACUAAUGCGACGGCAGGAAGUCGUUUACACCUAAAGCUGUCCCAUAAAAGUCAAGAAAUGCGGAAUUGCAAUUGCAAGAAUACAGUAAGCGUAUAUCGAGAUCGAGAUGCUUCGUAUUCGGAAUUGGCACCUAGUCAGAACACAGACGGACACCACAGUACUGAAAAAAUAUUUGAAGGGGGCCAAGACAGUAUUUACCAAUGGUAUCAGUCCAGAGACAUUAUCAAAGGCUUCAAGUUUUCUCGGUGAUGCAAUCAUUGUUUUUUGUUCACCCUUCUGGCAAAACUUUAUUGUUUAUUAUAUCAUCCAGGCUGAUAAAUGAUUAGCCGAUUAUUUAGUUCGUAUAAUUGAUGAAAUGGUUAUAACCUUGAGCAUCAGAUGUCGAUUUUUAUGGACAAUCGCUGAGCACUUUCUCAGUUGUGUAAUGUUUUAUAUCUAUUAAGCCGUAAUAUGUAAAUACGCAAUUGAAUAU